UAAAAGCUUGGGAACAAGAGGAUUAUGAAAUAUUUGAUUUAGUAGAUGAUUUAGAAAAUGCAGAAGGGGAAGAUGUAACUUUUUAUUCAUGGCUUGGAGUGGAACCUACAGCCAGUGAAAAGGAAAUUAAUAAAGCAUAUCGUAAAUUAUCUUUAACUUUACACCCGGAUAAAAAUCCCGAUAAAGAUACCAAAGAAAAAUUUUCUAGACUAAGUUCAAUAGGAGCAAUUUUACGUAAUUCAGAGUCAAGAGAACGAUACAAUUUUUUUCUAAAGAAUGGAGUACCAAAAUGGCGUGGUACUGGCUAUUAUUAUAGUCGGCAUAGACCGGGACUUAAAUCGAGAGAGAUCGCAUGGGGUAAAAGAAUGAAAAAACAAAAUACCAGGAAAAAGAUUUUAGUUAAUGAAAAGAAUUUUAUUGUUGAUUCUGAUAAUGUUUUCUUAUUGACUAAAGAUGGCGAAGAAUUGAUUAUGGAUGAGAAUGAAAUCGAGAAACCAAGAAUUUUGAAUAUUAAUGAUAAAUCUCGUAGACGUAGAAAAGAAUUAAAAAACCAAUAA